UCAAUAUGAUUUGUUGAAGCUGCAAAAAUUUAUGGAGUGGGAGGAAGAUUUGACAAAACCCUUAAAAAAUGAGGGGAGAGAGAUUAUGAGCACAAACUGGAUGAGUAGAAUGAGAGAUGAUUUCAUUCAAAGAUUGCCACAAAAACUCAAAUCUGGGCUGGAUUCUGAGGAUCUUUUCGAUCUUGAUCUUUCAGCUGUUCAAGGCCUGCUUCAAGGUGAGAAGGAGUACUAUGAAAGACAAUUUUCCACCUUAAAAUCGUUCGAGGAGGUCGACUCCCAUGACUCACCCAAUGUGAUCGACGAAGAGCUAGACCGUCAGGAACAGGCUCAGCAGGAAAGAGCUAUGAAUAUUUCAAACUGGGCUAAUGUUUUCCUCCUUGCAUUCAAGAUUUAUGCCACGGUACAGAGUGGCUCCUUGGCCAUUGCAGCCUCAACGCUCGACUCUUUACUCGACCUAAUGGCCGGAGGAAUACUAUGGUUCACUCAUCUCUCAAUGAAAAGCAUAAACAUUUACAAAUAUCCCAUUGGAAAACUCAGAGUGCAGCCAGUAGGCAUCAUCAUCUUUGCUGCAGUAAUGGCAACUCUAGGCUUCCAAGUGCUAAUACAGGCUGUGGAAGAGCUAAUAAAAAAUGAACCUUCACCAAAGAUGAACUCAACUCAAUUGUUCUGGCUCUAUGUCAUUAUGCUCACAGCAACUGCAAUUAAACUCGUUCUCUGGAUUUAUUGCCGAAGCUCGCGAAACAAGAUAGUUCGCGCCUAUGCCAAGGACCAUUACUUCGACGUGGUGACAAACUUGGUGGGAUUGGUGGCUGCGAUUCUUGGCGACAGAUUUUACUGGUGGAUUGACCCGGUCGGUGCUAUAGCUCUUGCUGUCUACACAAUCGUAAACUGGUCAGGAACCGUGCUCGAAAAUGCAGUUUCACUAGUUGGACAGUCGGCUCCUCCAGAAGUACUGCAGAAACUUACGUAUCUUGUCCUAAGGCACGACCCGAAGAUCAAGCGUGUAGACACGGUCCGUGCCUACACGUUUGGGGUUCUAUACUUUGUUGAGGUGGAUAUCGAGCUGCCAGAGGAUCUGCCGUUGAUCGAAGCACAUGCGAUUGGAGAGUCGCUACAGAUCAAGAUAGAGCAGCUUGAAGAAGUGGAGAGGGCAUUUGUUCAUCUUGAUUAUGAAUGUGAUCACAAACCAGAGCAUACCAUUCUCAGCAAACUCCCAAAUACAGACCCCUAGAUUUUCAAAGCUGCUUGUUAGUUUGAAAUGCUAUUGUAAAAAAUUGCAGUUUGGUUGGAAACAUGAAUAUAUGCCUGCAGUAGGCUAGAUGGUGAAGUUGUUCAAUUCCAAGAUAGAGUUUGCAAAUGGCACAAACAAAACAUAUCAUUCAACUCUCUCAACUUUCAUAA